CUCCCCCUCUCGUCCCGAGACUGCACGCUCACAUGCAACGAGAGCCAGACCGGCCGGCUGGCACUCAGUCGCCUUUAGCGCCGUGCAUCUCCGAGUCAGUCAGUCAGUCAGUCAGUCAUUGAGUCAGUCAGUCGGUGAAUCGGGUCGCUCGGGUACGCGCGAAAGAAUAGUUAAGCAACCGGUCGCGCGAUCGAUCACGAACGAACCAAAGAAGUGCAGUGAGCAACCAUACCAAAUCGAUACCAAAAGAAGGAGUACAGUUCGGGCGAGGGAGGGCAGGACAAGGUGGAAGGUACAGGACUUCUUUCGCGAGAUGACGCGGUGCGGACGGGGCGAGGGUUCCGUCUGAAAAGAAACGAAAAAGGUCGAGCCACGCGGGGUGGUGUGCCACGGGGGGUGGUGGUGUGCGUGUGUGUGAAAAGAUCGGCAAAAUAAAUCGGUCCACGGUGACGAGUGAAAGUAGAUCGGGCAGGCAGCCGGGCAAGAUGAUGAAGAAGGAGAAGCCGAUGAUGUCGGUGACGGCCAUCAUCCAGGGCACUCAGGCCGUCGCUCAGCAUUGGGCACGUGGCAACUGGCUGAGUUUAGAUAACAGCAAUAUGUCGAUGUCAUCGGUGGGUCCGCAAAGUCCUCUCGACUUGAAGCCCGAUACGGCCCUUAUCAACCCAGGGAACUUCAGCCCAUCGGGUCCCAACAGUCCAGGACCCUUCAAUGCUGGUUGUCACAGCAACCUCCUGAGUACAUCGCCCAGCGGCCAGAGCAAAACGGUCACGCCUUAUCCGCCUAAUCACCCCUUGUCGGGCAGCAAACAUCUGUGUUCGAUCUGCGGCGACCGUGCGAGUGGCAAACACUACGGCGUUUACAGCUGCGAGGGAUGCAAGGGAUUCUUCAAGAGGACUGUACGUAAGGAUCUGUCGUAUGCCUGCCGCGAGGAGAAAUCCUGUAUUAUCGAUAAACGACAGAGAAAUCGCUGCCAGUACUGCCGGUACCAGAAGUGCCUGGCCAUGGGGAUGAAGAGGGAAGCAGUACAAGAAGAACGUCAACGCACCAAGGAGCGGGAUCAGAGCGAGGUGGAAAGCACGAGCAGUUUGCACGCGGAUAUGCCGAUCGAGCGCAUCCUUGAGGCGGAGAAAUGGAUCGAGUGUAAGAUAGAGCAGGGAAAUUACGAGACCGCAGUGCACCUUUGCAACGCCACGAAACAGCAGCUCUAUCAGCUAGUGGCAUGGGCGAAGCACAUCCCGCAUUUUACGUCGUUACCAGUAGCGGAUCAGGUACACCUGCUCAACGCUGGCUGGAACGAGCUGCUAAUAGCCGCCUUCUCCCACCGUUCUAUUGAUACGAAGGAUAGUAUCAUUCUGACAACAGGCGCCGCGGUACAUCGACAUUCGGCGCAACAGGCGGGUGUGGUCACAAUUUUCGAUCGAGUAAUCUCGGAGUUGGUGUCGAAGAUGCGCGAAAUGAAAGUAGACAAAACCGAACUCGGAUGUCUUAGAUCCAUUAUCCUCUUCAAUCCUGACGUACGAGGCAUCAAGUCCAUCCAAGAAGUCAGUUUAUUGCGUGAGAAGAUUUACGCCGCUCUGGAAGAGUACACCCGCGUGAACUGUCCGGACGACCCCGGCAGAUUCGCCAAGCUGCUGCUUCGCCUACCAUCCAUCCGUUCGAUCGGUCUCAAAUCGGCCGAGCACCAGUUCUUUUAUAAGUUAAUCGGCGAAGUGUGUGUCGAAAACUUCUUUGCGGAAAUGUUGGAAUCACCGUCGGAUCUUUAGGAGCAGAAGGUGUGCCGCGUUUUGGGGCACACCGAUUUGUAAAAAAGUAAAGUAAAGGACAUAAGAGGACGUCGAAGAAGAAGAAGACGAUGACGACGAAAGAGGAUAGGACCCGCAUUCGAGUCGAGUUUCGCAUUCGAGAUGCAACGAUUUCUGUACUGCGCCGCCUUUUCCCGCGUUGCAGUAUAGACUAUCCGUGUGUCGAGCGAGGUGGAAUUUACUUACUUCUCUUUAUCGCCAUCCCUGUCUCCUCCCCCCUUCUUCCCAGUUUUUCCCCUCGCCCUGUUAUUUAUGUUUUUGUUAGAGCUUAGCGACUCUUAUGUCCAGCGUAAGGAGGCGGUCUUACUGGCCGACGACGCAACGCACGUACUGAAAGAUAGCGAUGUAAGUGCGUGUAUAUGCGUCUGUGCGUUUUGUAUGGCUUGUAUACACGUCAACAUCUGAGCACAAUUUGAACGUGGUAGAUAACUACGAUCUGCAUAAUACAAACUUCGAUGUUGUCGAUCGGUAAUUAGUUAAUUUCUCAAACCGGUUGAAUUUGUUGCGACGAUCAGAUAGAGAGAAUUCUCUAUCUCUAUUAUAAAAUAUUGUUAAUCACAAUCGCGCUGCCUCUUUAGCCUGCGACAUGUGUCGUGCCAUCAUCCGAGCGAAGAUCGUGUCUCACACGAUGUUUCGUGCCGAUCGAUCCUUGUUUCGGACAGACGUCGCGUCUUCGUCGGACCGCACCUUUCACAGUCUCACAGAAGUUCCUAGAAUUAUUAAGUUUCUUUUUUUUAUUUUUGCACUUUGUUACUUUUCGGUCUCUCUUUUUUUUAUCUUUGUCGUCUCUCUUUCUCGACAACGUCACCGAUUGCCUCGGCGAUCUCACUUUUGACGGCGGACGCUUGACGAAGACGCGAUUUUGUCUGUGCUCGCGAGUUCUCGGACACCUUUACAUUCCAACUCUGCCUCGAUUCGGAUCGUUACUUUAAAGAGCCACUAUUUGCAUAUAGAUAUGUAUACAUACAUACUUGCAUCAAUGCGUAUUCCUUACGCUCAGUGCGCAAGUUUAACGAUAAUUUAUUGUUUUGUAUUUUAGAGUAUAGGAAAGAAACGAACUUACUAAUUCAAUAUUAAUUAAAUUAAAUAUACGCAUGAUAAGCCCCCUUUUUUAUGCAGCAUGUGUCCAUAAUGAAGUAUCAGAAGUGCAACAAAUGUGACGUCGGAGCGUGCAAAUGAAGUAUUUACUUUCAAGGUGUUAGGGUUUCCGUUUAUUUCUAUUUCUUUUUGGUAAAACGCACGCUCAGAUAUAUACUCGGAUCUUCUUCGUUAAUCUUUAACAUUUAGAUUUAAUGUUAUGACAAACUCUUACUACGCGUAUACUUUGCAGUACUGGAAUGCUGUCUUCUGUGUCUGGUACAAAUUUGACAUGGCAGCAAAUAGAGUAGAGAGAGUAUAUAAAAAUUUUUUUGUCAUAGUUUUUACGACAGUGAGAUUUGUUUUCCCCCGGAGAAUGUUUAAUGCACGAAAGCAGAUAAAAAAAAGAUACAGGAGCUCUCGAAUCUUUGAAAAAAAAAGAGAUAUUUGCGAGAUGUAUAAUUAUACUAUAAAAAUCUAGCAUACGAUAAGAAUUAACUGAUCGUGGACACAGGAUUAAGAUAGAACCCUACUCUCGUUGUUAGUAAUUUACAGAAUUGUGUAUCACAUGAUGUGAGCUGAUGGAUCCGACGAAUUUGUAAGUUACAUAAAGCGGAGCAUCUGCAAAUGUUUGCUCAGCGGCUUAUUUUCUAAAUUUAAAUGUUAUUAGAUAUAUAAAGAUGUGUACAAA